AGGCUAGGUUAGAGCAAGCUAAGCAAGUCUCAAACCGGCUCAGUUUAUCAGUGUUGUAGUCGUCAGGCGUCCCCCUCACUCUGGCUUUACCGCCUGUUCCUGUCCCUGUCGAGAUGUCUUCGUCUUCGUCUGUGGACGUGUUUCGAGGCGCUGGCGUGCUGACUCUGCUGGGGAUUUUAAUUCUCCGAUGGGGGGUCUCCCUGCACUCAUACUCAGGCCAGAAGAAACCCCCCAUGUAUGGUGAUUAUGAGGCCCAACGUCACUGGAUGGAAGUAACGCACAAUCUCCCUGUGAAGGAGUGGUACUUCAACACUACGAACAAUGAUCUAUUAUACUGGGGACUCGACUACCCUCCAUUGACUGCGUACCACAGCAAGUUGUGUGGUUUUAUCGCGUCUCAAAUUGAUGAAAGCUUUGUAGCUUUGGGUACAUCACGAGGCUUUGAAAGUUAUGCACACAAGCUUUUUAUGCGUUGGACUGUGAUUUUUAGUGACCUUCUAAUUCUUAUUCCGUCUGUGUGGUGGUACUUUGUGUCUAGACAUAAGACAUCAGAUGAUUCCUCUUUAGUGUGGAUCUUCUUGGUCCUGUCACACCCAGGUCUGCUUCUAAUCGACCAUGGACAUUUUCAAUACAAUGGUAUUUCUCUUGGGUUUACUGUUGCUGCAGCAGCUGCCAUAUUUCAAAAUAAAAAAUUAUUGGGCUCUAUGUUGUUUGUGUUUGCUCUUAGUUUCAAGCAAAUGAGUUUGUAUCAUGCCUUCCCCUUCUUCUUUUAUUUGUUAGGAGACACUUUAAAAGGAGGCAUUCUGAAAGGGGUCCCAAAUCUAGCUGCAAUAGCAUUUGUAGUCUUGUCCACAUUUGCCCUUCUGUGGUCACCCUUUUUGACAGAGAUUAACCAAAUAAAGCAAGUCUUUGUCCGGUUGUUUCCCUUUGCGAGGGGUGUUUUUGAGGACAAAGUGUCAAAUGUCUGGUGUGCUUUGAAUGUUUUAAUUAAAAUUAAAAACUUGUUUAAAAAUGAGGAGAUGGCUUUGAUGUGUUUAGUCUCCACUCUGAUAGUUGUUCUUCCAAGUUGUCUAGAUAUAUUAUUUCGCCCAAAUAAGAAAAAAUUUGUGUAUGCACUGAUAAACUCAGGUUUGACAUUUUUCCUAUUUUCGUAUCAAGUUCAUGAAAAGAGCAUUUUACUUGCAUCCAUACCAGUAGCACUUGCGUUGCCUUCAGACCCAUUUUUGAGUAUGUGGUUUACAACCGUUUCUUCAUUUAGCAUGCUGCCCCUGCUCUUAAAGGAUGGCUUAUUGAUCCCUACUGUGGCACUUUCUGUCUUCCACAUUGUAGCCACCACCUUGAUGGUCAAUGUUCUGGCAUCAACAAGCCUCAAGUCAAACAAAUCUGACAACCAAAAUGUCACUAAUUUUUGGUGGUGGGCUGUGUUUUCCUUAUCUAUGAUGGGCUGUGCAGUGCUGACACUCCUAACUGUUGCUGUCAAGCCACCUAAACACCUGCCCGAUUUGUUUCCAUUGCUCAUCUCCGUUUAUUCUUGUAUACAUUUCUUAGGGUUUUUAUUGUACUUCAAUUAUAAACAAUUUUCUUUAAGUGGAAUCUCUCUUAGACAAACAGUUGAUGAAAAAAAGCAUAAGUGAACUUGCAUUAAAUAUUUGUAAUAUUUAUUACUGUUAGUUGACUUGUCAGGCCUCUAACAGACAAUUUGUGAUAUUGGUAAAAAUGAUUUUGAUAAAAUAAAUGAUUGAACUUGUA